AUGUUCCCCAAAGACCACCCCCUCUUUCCCCCCUUCCAUUUCCACAAGUGGCGUGCAGUGGACGACCGCGUCCGAGGCGGCUCCUCCGUCUCGCACCUCGAUCCUGUCAAGAUCGACGUCCACGGGCACGUCAGCUCUGUCGCUCAGGACGAGAUCGAAGAGAUGGAGAAGAAGGGCCACGGGGGAAAGGACCACCUCGCUGGUAGAUUCUGGGGCAACUUGGAUAUCAAGACUCUCGGCGGCGCAGGUUUCGCCUCUCAAGCCUUCCGCUACGGCCCCGCUCCUCUCCACUUUCCCCGCCACAAGUACUCUGGUAUAUCCAUCACUGCCCUCACCGACCCUCUACAAUCGGUGGACGAGAAACACCCUCACCCCGAGAACUUUACGUUCGUUCUAAAGACGUCGCCUACGGCGCAUAUCCCCAAACACCCCAAGACGCCCGCACCCCCUCGCGCAGCGCAGUUGACUUAUCAAGUCGAGUUCAACAUCUCCCACGGCGGCGCUUCUACCCGUACACCCGGGGAGAAGAAGUUUACAUUCCCGUGGGGCGAGUUCAAGGCCACAUACCGUGGUCGGGAGAUCAAGAAGGGCGACCCUCAGUGGGUACCGCUCGAUACGAGCAGUAUCUAUGAGGUCAGCUUGAUGUGUAGGAGUGAUUUCGGGCAGCAGGAAGGUGACUUUGGGGUGAUUGUGACCGAUAUCUCUGCGGUCGAGAAGGGCCAGGAGAAAGAGGAUGAAGAUGAGGGCUGUUGGAGUGGAGUUGUGGGUUGGUUCAAGUGGGCCAUAGGCGCGGAGCGGGGUAUCCGAUUGGAAGAAGACGAAAAUGAGUUGUGCGAGAAGGCAUAA